GGCGGGUUUUUAUGAGAAGAGGGAAUUUCGAAAAUUUACAGUGGCUGUAUGUGCUGAUAAAAGAAAACUCGACAUAUUGAACUCAAAUGAAGUUAUAUAUUCUAAUUCUAUGGGUUGAAAUUAGCUAUAUUAUUCGAUAUACUAUCACUUGUUUGACUUUUUGUGGCUCCGGACAGCGUUACUACACUUGAGUCUUUCUCGCGGAUGCAAACACAUAACCUAGAUGACUAGCCUCCUAGCUAGCUUGCUUAAUCAGCACGCCAAUCCUCAGAGGUUUAAACGGCCAGUAUUUGCAGAAAAUGUGCUACAGCUAGCUAGCUAGCUAGUUAGUUAGCUAUCUUUUUUUAUAAAGUUAGAGAAAUGCAAUUGGCUAACGUUUUGAUUACUAAUGAGUUGAUCACGUGAAAUUGCAUCUAGAACAAAGAUGGCUAGCAAUUGUGUUGAUAUUGUAAACUGGCUAGCUAACUAAAUCACAGGCUACUGGCUUACCGUACAAUUGAGAUAACGCUACAUAACAAAUCAACGCUAGAUAACUAGUUAGUAUUCUAAUAAUGAAGAAAAAGACAAAGACACGAGUUGAAGGACAAGAAGACGCUCUCAACGAAAUGUGUGAACUCUGUAAGCGCCGCGACAACUGCCCAGACAAAUAUGGAGAGAAGAUUACACUCCAGGAACACAAAAUCACUGUCCAUUACUUCUGUUUGUUGAUGUCCAGUGGAAUAUUCCAGAGAGGAGAGGACCAUGAAGGUAUUCAUGGAUUUCUUGUGGAUGAUAUCAGGAAGGAGGUUCGCAGAUCAGCCAGACUGCGAUGCAUGAGCUGUAAAAAGACGGGUGCUUCAGUUGGAUGCUCCAUCAAAAGCUGCAGACAAAUGGUCCACUUGCCAUGUGGAAUAGAACAGGAGUUUAUUUUCCAGUUCACUGAUUUGUUUCCGUCUUUUUGUAAAAAGCACUGCCCCACUCAGACCUGCUCUUCUAGCCCCUCUCUGCCACUCUCCUGCUCCAUCUGCUUGGAAACCCUCGAGCCCGUUCUCUCCUACUCUGUACUCAAGUGCCCUGCUUGUCUUGGAAGCUGGUUUCACAGAGACUGCAUUCAGCAUCAGGCACAUAGUGCUGCCAUGUUUUUCUUCAAAUGUACCCUAUGCAACAACAAGGACCAGUUUCAACAAGAAAUGCUCAGGAUGGGAAUACACAUACCAGAAAGAGAUGCAUCCUGGGAGUUGGAAGAAAAUGCCUACGGGGAGCUAUUGCAUGUGUACCAGCACUGUGAUGCCGUGAAUUGUUCCUGUCUCAAAGGUCGCAGUUACAGUGCACAGUCAGGGAUUUUUGAGAUUGUUCGGUGUAAGUUUUGCGGAUCCAGUGGGACCCACCGUAAAUGUUCGUCCCUCAAGCUUUAUGAGAGCAACUGGAGUUGUGUUGAUUGCAAAGCUGCCAUUGAAGGAACGGUGUCCACGUUGCCAAACCACGUUAAAUCACCAUUGGCAGAGAGGCAGGAGAAGAAAAGACUGAUUAAAAGAUGUCUGUCCAAUCUUCACUCAUCACUCAUCUCUAAAAGGCGCCAUGUGGAUGCCAGUCCUCCAGAGAUCUUGAUGGGUCUGGCCGCUCAGCUAUUGGCACAGCAGACUACGGCAGUGCUGGUGAAAGACGGUGAGGCAGUGGAGGCAGCACUGUGGGCCCUGCGACAGAGUGACUUCAACCCAUGCCGGGCACUGUCCGUGAGCUUCUCCAGAGACAAACAAAGUCACACAGUGGUCAGCCAGCGCCGCUUUCUCCGCCUCCUCCUAAACAACAUACAAAGUUUGAGCAUCUUUGUGGGCCCUGACGGGGCUAAAAACCUGGCUCUGAACUCACAAGCCCUGAGGGAUGAUCUGUAUUUUGAGAUGGGCAGUCUGUUGGCCCUCUCUCUGGUGCACGGAGGUCCUCCGCCAGUCUUCUUCUCCUCUGCGCUCUACCACAGCCUAUUCCAUUACCCAGCUGAUUACAAGUUUACUGCAGCAGACCUGGGUGAUGACACUUUAACACACAGAGUCAAAAUGAUAGAAGAAUCAAGCUCUUUGCUGGAGUUGAAGAAAGCAAUGUGGUCUGCCUCAGAGUUUUUGCAAGCAGCAGGCUGCUGGCGAGAGGUCAACAAACUCUCUGAUAAACACCUGUUGCUGGAAGACAUUCUUAACUUCUACCUGAUCAUACGAAUGCAGCUGCCUCUUCAAAGAUUUCGUGAGGGUCUCAGGACCCUUGGUGUGUUUGAGCAAGUGCAGGCAUGUGCAGAGGGCUUCUACCAGGUUUUCUGUGGCCCAGUGGAAACAAUGACAGCAGAAUCCAUAUUUUCACUUUUCACUCCUUGGUUUUCUGAAGAGGAGGAACAGAAAGCAAAAGAAGACAUGACCUUGGGUUUCUGGAAGCAGUACCUACAUGAAUGUGAAGGUGGACGAUGUGCAGCAUCACUAGAAGAUAUCCUCGUGUUUGCCACUGCUGCUGAUGUAGUCCCUGCCAUUGGCUUCAGUCCUCCACCCUCAUUAUCCUUCCUGAAUCCAUUGGACCCCUCCUGUGCUUUUCCUCAAAGCCAGCCUGAAGCUAACCAUCUCAUUCUGCCUGUGCUUUCAUCCUAUGAGCUCUUCAAGAAGCAUUUGGAGUAUGCCGUGUGUCAGCUGGCUGUGAUGCAGGCUGUUUGAACAUUUUUUAUUUAUGGGUCAGAGCUUAGAUGUGUUGCUUCUCUCGGACUUCUAUAAUGGUGCUAAAUAUCUCUACUGAAGCAAAAUGUUUAAUCUGUAAUACUUUCCUAUGGUAUAUGGUUAGAAAUAUAAAAAAAACUGCCUGCCUUAUAAACUCAGGCAGUGUGCAUUAUUCCUAGCCAGUAGAGCAGCACCAGUCAGCAUUUACACCUGCAGUUUAAUCCACUGUGUUUAUUUACAUAUAACGUAACUGAGUUGUAGCUAUAGCAUUUCCCAUAUAAGGUUUAUUUUUCUUUUAUAAUUUUCUUUUCAGGGGUAGCGGAAGAAUAACCAAACUUGGUAUUACAUGUGCACUGAGUUUGUUUGAGUAACGUAACAUUAAUCUCUGGACAUCAUCCUGUUCAGUUUUCAAGACCAUCAAGUACAUUUGUCAGUCAUUUUAUCUGAGCCUAAAAUAUCUUGAAUGCUUUUCUUUAACCCCUACAUUAGUCUUUAUAUUGAUGAUCCUGAAAAUCAUCUCUGAUCUGCUACAUUUUUUAUUUUGUUUUUUACAGUUUGGUAUUACUAAAAUAUAGUUAUUGCUCAUUCUACCUCCUGUAACAAGGUGCUCAAGUAAGAGGAAUGGGGAAUUUAAAGUUGUCAUUGCUAUAAGUUAAAUUGAUUGGAUAGCUGGAUUGAAAUGUAACUCAUUGUUUUUUAUCUACUCAAUACGUCUUGGUGUUCUUUUGUUUGUUUUUGUUUCUUUGUUGUUUUUUUUACAAAGGUAGUUAUAUAGUCUACCUGGGUUGCCCAAUGACGGAAAGACACGCUUAGAGGCAGUUACCAGGUUUAACGGACAGUACAGAUAGCCAAUGGACGCGUCAGUGGUAGGAGUGGUGCCAGUGAUGGACUCCAACACAGUUCAUAUAUAUGACGGACGUUUGAGCUUUUUUCUGUUUGCCCCGUGCACUACUCGGGCGGAUUGCGGGAGAGUAAAUAAAAAGCGCGUCGGUUGCAUGCAUAACAGGCUGAUGACUGAAAGUGGCAUUGUAAUUACAGCAAAUAUGUAACUGCUGUCGCCGCUGUAGCAAGUGGUAUUAAAAGUAACAGAUUUCCUCGAGUAAAAUAUAGAAUCGUUGUAGAUUAGUAGAUUUUUUUAAAGUUAAACUCCCGACAUUUUACUUCGUUUAUUACAUUGAUUCAGUCUGGCACCGAACAGCGAGCCAUUUCUCCAGCCAUGUUUCAAUUAGAUUAGUAAAUGAUGAUGUUGGCAUACAAUACUCAGUUGGUAACAAUAUUUAAAAAGUGCUGCGUGGAAGCUGAAAAGUGACCAAAAAAUAACUGCUUCAGACUGGCAAUGGUGCAAUUAUGAUUUUUAGCUCGCCACCGCCCCCACCCAAACAACGAACAUGCUUGGGUGAUGUACUUGUUUUCAGACUUAUCAAAGUUUGUUUUCUUAUUUCCAGGGCCUUAAAGGAGAAGAGAAGUGUUUGUAAUGAGUACAAAGCAAUUAGUGCUCAGCUUUCUGACAUUGUUGACAUUUUCCCCCAACUUUUUCAGCACAGGUCACUUUUAAGGUACAGAUGUACAGAUGACACUAACGUUUGUUUCAGGUUAUGCAGCAACAUGAGCGUUUCUUGCAGUCAGGCUAUAGGAAAUGGAUUCUGUUAGUUUGUGUCGGCGAUAUUUUUUAUAUAAAUCAUUUGUGUAUGUAAACAAAGAACUUUGAUGUUCCCUGGAGUCUUUUUGUGAAUGGAUUAAAUUUAUGCUUUUAAAUCUUUUCAUAUUACAUGGCAUAAUUUUGUACGGGGUGUCAGUUGACUCUUAUAUUGAGACGUUCUUUUCUACCUGUUUGUGCCGGGUGUGUCAAAUUAAUCCUGCAUCGUUUAAGAUUCGGGUGCACUGGAAAAAAAACUUUUUGUAUAAACUCGAUCAUUCACACUCGAUUCGCAGUUUCUUGUAAAAUGUU